UGCCGAUCUUCGCCGAUGGACAUCCCAGUCGUCCAUUGUUACGGCACGAAUGCUGCCGCCGAGCUGCGCAAGGCCUGCACGGAAGUGGGGUUCUUCUACUUGGCCGACCAUCGCAUCCCGCAAUCGCUACUUGACUCGCUGUAUGCCGAGAUGCGCACGUUCUUCUCCAAGCCUGAAAGCGUGAAGCGACAAGUGUUGGCCGAUGAAAACAUGCGAGGGUAUACACCGAUGAACGAAGAGACGCUCGAUCCCGCGGUGCAGACGCAAGGCGACACGAAAGAAGGCUACUACAUUUGCCGCGAAGCUCUCCCUGACGAAGUGCAUUUACCCCUUCAUGGAUCAAACGUGUUUCCGAAAGACAAUCCAACUUUCCGCGAGGUGACCGUGCGGUACUUUGACCUUAUGUGCGAGCUCGGCUAUUAUGUUGCGCAACUCUUUGCCGAUGCCGCUGGAGCCCCCGGUGCAUUUGCGGCGGGGGGAAUGUUUGAUCGACCCAUGGCGGCACUGCGCCUUCUCCACUACAACAAUGUGGUUUCCAACGUUGACGACGGCGUAUUUGGCGCCGGUGCCCAUACAGACUACGGUCUCUUGACGCUACUCUCGACGGACGAGAACCCGGGUUUGGAAAUCUACUACAACCAAGAAUGGAUUCCCGUGCCGCCAAAGCCCCACUGCUUUGUCGUGAACAUUGGCGAUCUUGGAGAGCGAUGGACGAAUGGCACAUUCAAAUCGACGCGCCAUCGUGUCGUGAACCGCAAUGGGCGGGAACGCUAUUCCGUUCCGUUCUUUUACGAGCCCAACUUCACCUGUCAAGUGACGUGCCUCCCGUCGUGCGUGGACAAGGAUCACCCGCCCAAAUACUCUCCGAUCACGAGCGGGCAGCACCUGCUCAACAUGUAUCGGCAAACCCACGAGAGCUUUCAAGAACCGACAGAGAAGAACGUUUUGUUGGCGUAGACCACAAUGCUUUUACUGCACCUGUGUGGACGCGUAAAGCGCAGAGUACUUGUGUGAAUCGAUGUCACCAAUGUGUUCGCGUGUAUGGCGGUCGACGAUGCACAGACAAAGCCAACAUGCGUCAAGUCGAAGGUUGCUGCACCAGCCUCCUUGCCGACUGUACUCUCUCGAGAACAAUCCAGUGCCCCAAGGAAAACCCUAGGGCUGGAUUCGUCACAUCAAAGCAAUUCUUUCUCGCGCAAUCCACAAGACAGCCAUGCAUUUACACGUAUUUCAGGACCAUGCGCAACAUGGGACUCCACCUGGCUCGAGAUCUUUGCAGACGUGAGCCCUUCCAGUGUGCGUUUGACCGCCAAUCGUUUCGCUACAACAUGCACAUCAAACGAACUGCUCGGUGCCGCUGGAGUACACGACAAGCCGUGCACGGCCCCGCUCGUUGCGCUCGGUGUGACGGAAGCGUGCAUCGUGGUGCCAUUUGACGACUU